UCACCCACCAGUAUAAAACCCCGUUCUCUUUCGCCCUUCAUCGUGCCUUGUCCGGAUUGUGUUUCUUCUCCCAAACCUCGCCCAACGAUGCCAAGCCUCGUUGUGCUUUCGUUGCUGCCCUUAUUUCUUUUUUCCCCCUCGUCCCAUGCCGUCACGAUUCGCAUUGCACGUCCUCAGAGUAGCAGAGGCGGAAGGGCCAACGUCCGUCUGCAUUCACCCCAUAACGUAGAUGGGAGCAAUUUGAUCAACAAGAAUAACGAGCGGUAUACCGCAAACAUUACUAUGAGCGGACGAGUUGUCAACGUUGCGCUCGAUACCGGAAGCACCGACCUUUGGGUCAAACCCCCAGAAGGCCUUCCGACGUUUAACAACACUGGUCUAAAUGCAACCCUACGCUAUGGAGACGGUACAGACUUUGUUACUGGGGAUAUUGGUGUGGGUGAAUUCAAGUUGGGCUCGUAUACCGUUCCGCUUCAAGCCUUCCUCAACGUCAAGAUUGCUGCUCCGGCGGAGGACGCUGAUUUUGCUGAUGGUAUUUUCGGGCUCAUGGGUCUUGGCUUCAACACCCCUGGCAGCUCUGGAAUCAAUGAUGCUGUUCAACAAGCCUUCGGUCCCACUCAAAAUUGGGGCCAGUCGGUGCUCCAGAACAUCUUCGACCAGACGCCCAACGGCGACAACUUCAUUGGAAUUGCUCUCUCUCGGACCGGAGACCAGGAAGAGACAGCGGAUGCGUCGCUGGCCAUCUCUGAAUAUCACUCCUCUCACACUGCUGUUGCCCAAGCACCAAAACUCCCCCAAAACCCUGUGGGAUCUGGUGCCUGGACAGUCACCCUCGAUGGACUUAGUAUCAAUGGCAAGAAGAUCAACUGGCCUUCAACGAUGCGGCAAGCACCAGCAGGGAAGAACAUUGUUCACCUUGACACUGGAACCACGAAUAUCAUGAUGCCCAAGCAACAAGUAACUCAGAUCUACUCUGCUAUUCCUGGCGCUGUCCUCUCCCCCAACAGUUACAUCCCCAUGACCAAGUUCUCAACGAGCUUUGACGUAUGGGUUGUCCCGUGUAACGCUACACCAAGCGUGGUGGCCUCCUUCGGGGGCCAAGACUUUGCAAUUCAUCCGCUCGAUGUCUCGGACAUGGAAAUUGUCACGACUCCCGACGGAACGACCAACUACACUGUCUGUGUUGGCACCUUCACCGAUGUUGGAGGUAUCGUAGAAGGCUCUUCCGACGCACUCUUUGGAGACUCUUUCCUGCGCAAUGUAUACUCCGUAUUUGACUUCGGAACUGGGGGAGGCAAAAACGAGACGGCUUUCGUGCAGCUCCUCUCGCUGACUGACCCCGCCAAGUCACCGCAGGACCUCGUUAAUGUCCGUAUGCAAGCAAUGAAGAACAUGCCGCCAGAAAUUCCGGCCAUUGACCUUGUCAGAAUCUUCAAUGGCACUCUCAAACCUUAUGGUGGUGCCCCUAGUACCGGAAGGUCAGGAAGCGGAGGAGGAAGUGGAGGAAGCGGGGGUGGCAGUGGCGGCAGUGGCGGUCGCUCAUCUUCCGGUGCUGUCAUCCUGACCUCUUCGCUUUCGUUGUUGAUUCUAUCAACACUUCCCCUUCUCGCUUUCUGGUAA